AUGACGAUUGUACAGACAUUUUGGAUAUUUUGUGAAAAUUCUUCCCUGCACGGAAUUCGCUACAUUGGACGGAACAAGGCGAAUAAGGGAAAUAUCCUGUUGCGCUGUGUCUGGAGUGUGAUAGCGAUGGUGAGCUUGGGAUUCACGCUUCUAUUGGCCAACUCUGCAUGGGAUCAGUUCCGAAGCAACCCAACGCUAACUACCAUCGAGACGACUUCGUACCCGGUGUCGCUGAUUGCCUUUCCAUCGGUAACGCUGUGCAAUAUCAACAAAAUACAUUUGGGCAAAGCAAUGGAGCUGGGACGGAAGUUAAUGAACCAAGGAAUACACACCAAUGACACGAUCGAUCUUCUUUACACGCUACCCCGUUUAAACGAUUAUCGACCGAUCGAUAAGCGAAUCAUUUCAAUUGAAAAGCUCCUAAACUCCAAAGGAUACGACACAGAACGCAUUGCGUAUGAAGUGGCUCCACCCUGCGAGACGAUGAUGGUACACUGCUUCUGGUUAAUGCAACCGGUGCAGUGUAGUAACUUGUUUCGCCGGACGAAGAUCUUUGCCGGUUACUGCUGUUCCUUCAAUGCGGACAAGUUUUUGGAGCCUGUAUUUACACGAUCGCAAAAUGUUACUCCACUCGAGAGUCUCUACGUGACGGGAAUCGGAAAGGGCGAAGGACUUUCGGUGAUAAUGGACAUUGGCGAGAGUAACUACAUGGCAUCGAAUCGAUUUUCGUACGGCAUCGAGGUGUUUGUCCAUCGUUCGUUCGAUUUUCCGGACUAUUCGGAUUAUACGGCCAUUGUACAGCGUGGCACCGAGACGGAUGUGUCCGUUUUGCCUACGAUCGUUACGGCCAGCCCCUUGUUGAGAGAUAUUCCACUCGAGAGGCGUGGAUGUGCGUUCGAUGAUGAGGGCAACAGCACGACAAGUGUCCCGUACACGUACAGCAAUUGUAUGAACGAGUGUGAAUUGCGUUUCAUUGCCAGCGUGUGUCGUUGCAUUCCGUUGUAUAAGCAAACGUAUGAGCUACAGGAGCUGUUGCAGGUUCCCAUAUGUGGGUUUCAAGAUCUUGUGUGUUUGCUGGAUUUGAAAGAACGAGUCAGCUUUACUUCGGAACUAGUAGCGAAUAAGAUCGAAUCUAAACGAAAGACCAUUAUAUGUCACUGCUAUCCUGGCUGCACUAUCGAGAAAAAUCAAGUGCAGACCAUCACAAAUACUAUUUCUAGUCCAAAGCAAGAUUUCUACGUUCCAGAGGUUAACUUUUCCGCAUACGGUGUGCUGCACGUACACUUCCGCUCGACCAACUGUCUCAAAUACAGACGUGAACCAUUCGUCACCUGGCAAACACUGGUAGCCACCUUCGGGGGCAUCCUUGGGCUUUGCUUUGGCGGUUCUAUACUGAGCAUAAUCGAAGCGGUGUUUCUUUUCGGUGUGAUUCCUUUUACGGUGUUUAAUGCGCUGAAGAGCAAGAGCAAGGCACAUCCUUCCCCUACAGUUAAUACGAUCUCGUACAUAGACUAUCCUGGACACCAGCCUUUGGGAUAUUUUAGACGAAAGGAAGUGAUGGCCCGAGCCAUCCAGAAUGGGGACACGCUGUGGAGAAUGGAGAAAAGGAUGCAUCCGGAAGCACGCCACUGGAAGCAACACUAUAUCGAUGAACUAAAAAUAAUGCCUUAA